GCUCCUGUCUCUUUAAAUAUUCUUGCAGUAAUUCCUUGAACAUGCACAUGGCCAUGAAAAAGAGAUAAAGCUUGAAGACAUCCACACAAACCCAGGCUUUGUGAAUAAUACAGCAGCUGCUUCCUGUGUUUUACACCUGCAGAUAGGGAGGAGGAGGAGAGAACACACAGUCACUCUAAUGAGCAACAACAAGUCCUCGGCUCUCAUCUUCCCUCCAUCGCUCCUACAGCUGUUCUUUCUACCAACUUAAAAUGCUGUUGCACAUCUGGUGUAUAGUUUGGGCUUCUUCUCUCAUUCUUCUGCACAGCAGGUCUGUGCUCUGUAAGGAGAUGAAGCUCCCCAGCAGGGCAGCCAAGCCCCCCUCCCCGUCUGGCUUUCUGGACAAACUGAUGGGACGCACAUCUGGCUACGACGCCCGCAUCAGACCCAACUUCAAAGGUCCUCCUGUCAACGUCACCUGCAACAUCUUCAUCAACAGCUUCGGAUCCAUCACUGAAACAACCAUGGCGAGCGGCCCCCGAGAAUUUACUUCACGAGUUGUGCUGGAAUAA